CACACACACACAUACACACACACACCUGUCUACCUGUCUGGCCAAGCACCCAGUGUCUCGUUUUCACACACGUCGUUUUCACAGGUGCCACCAUGAGUCCAAAACACGUCAUUUAUAAGAAGCAGUCACGUGACAAAUCUGUGGGUAUUUACAUGGGGAGGCGGGACUUUGUGGAUCACUGUGACUCCGCCGAUCCUGUUGACGGUGUAGUGCUGCUCGAUCCGCAGCAAAUAAAAGGAAAGAAAGUGUACGUCAUGUUGUCAUGUACGUUCCGUUAUGGCCGUGAUGACACGGACAUACUGGGCUGGGCGUUUCGGAGAGAUAUCUACGUGUGCACGAGGCAGGUGUAUCCCCCGCUGCAGGACCGCGAGCGCAGCAUCCACACCAAACUGCAAGAGAGGCUGCUGCGCAAACUCGGAGACGACGCCCACCCCUUCUUCUUCGAGUUUCCCGAUAACCUGCCGUGCUCUGUGGCUCUGCAGCCGGCACCCACUGACGAGGGCAAGCAUUGUGCGGUGGAGUUUGAGGUGAAGGCUUUCUGUGCUGAGAAUCAGGAUGAGAAAGCUCAUAAGAGGAGCUCAGUGCGUUUAGCUAUAAGGAAGGUGCAGUACGCUCCUGAUAAAGGCGGCGCUCCUCCGUCUAACGAGACGACCUGUGAGUUUAUGGUGUCGGACAAACCGCUGCACGUGCGCGUCGCUCUGGAGAAAGAGACAUAUUAUCAUGGCGAACCCAUCAACGUCAGCGUGGAUAUUGAUAACAGCUCCAGCAAGGACGUGAAGAACCUCACAGUUUCAGUUGAGCAGAUGACUAAUGUGGUGCUCUACUCCAAUGAUAAAUACAUAAAAUCUGUAGCCUGUGAGGAAGCCACAGACAUAGUGCCGUCUGGAACCAGCCUGAAGAAAGUGUACACUCUUCACCCCUUACUGAAGAACAACCAUGAGAGGCGGGGCUUAGCGCUGGAUGGGAAGCUGAAGCACGAGGACACCAACCUGGCUUCCUCUAGCAUAGUGAAGGCGGAGGUUCUGAAGGAGAUUCUGGGCAUGCUGGUGUCCUACAGAGUGGUGGUCAGGGGCACUGCAGCUGGCAUGAUCGGCUCGAGUGAGGUUGCUGUGGAGGUGCCGUUUCUGCUCAUGCAUCCUAAACCUGAGGAAGUGAGGACAUGGACAUGGUGUUUGAAGAGUUUAAGCGCUCGUAUCUCAAAGGCGUGGUCGGCGACGAUGAUGAAUCUGCUGACGACUCGUGAGACUCCGAUCAUCUCUUUUUCCGGAUUCAGUAUUUACUAUACAGUGUUUAUUACAGCGUUAUAGAGUUUAUUAUAGCGCGAACGUGUAUUAGGUGGAGGAAGGGGUAGUUUUACUAGUGAUCUGUGUUUACUCUGCAUCUGACUAGCAACAUGUUGGUAAAUAAUUAAUAAAAAUUAGUGUAUAACUGAA